UCUUCUACAUCUGAAAUUAGUAUAUCGUUACAUUCAGAAAAUUUUCUUUCUUAAAUUCCUGAUUUACCAUUUCCUGUGUGACUUCUUGAAGGGCAUGUAUCUUCUUCUUUCGUUUUGGAGCAGAUUUACGAACCGUUUGAGAGUGUUUUAAACUCUGUUCUUGUUUCUCUAUUCGUUCUAACUUUCUUUUUCGUAUUGCUUCCUUGUUUUUGUUCUUGAUCUGCUCUUUAUCUUUUUAAUACUUACUCCAUGCAGCAGAAGAUAUGGUUGCUAGAGUUUAUUGAUUAUCUUUUCGUGCUUUGUUAGAAAUUUCGGGUAGCAUCAGGUGGUGUCUGGUCCCGGUUUCUUUACCUCAUUUGGUCUGCGCCCACUGAUUUUGCACAAUAUGUCUAUGUGUCUUACCGAUUUACUCUUUUCUCGAAUUUCAUUUAACGCUUUCUUUAAAUCGUCUGUGUAUAUUCUCUUUUCCUUAAACUAAAACAACUUUAAACAAAUAAAGUAUUUGAUUGAUUGAUUGAAAUUACUCAUUUCAUUUAAAAAUAACAUUAAAAACACGUAGUCUUAGUAAAAAUGUAUAAUAAUAAUAAUCAAUACCUAUAUUUAAAAUUAUAAUUAAUUAAUUGUAUUUAACGAAAAUAGUGGACGCAAUUUGGUUUAUUAUUAUCCUCUGUAGGUAUAGUUUGCGUCCAUUGCGGACGCAAAUUGGAAGUUUUGUAAUUUCGAUGUAGUAAUUCGCGUCCACCUUAUUUUAUUCAUUAAAUUUAAAAAAAAUAAGAAAAUUUAUAAUUAAUGUCAUUCCUUUCUUCACUAUAAAAGUCUAGAAACAGCUAUGUAUUCUAAAAUAACAUAAAAAAAUAAAAAACUUACCAUCGAACGCGCCACUGCACACUAUUUUUUAUCUAAUCAUCUCGCGUGUACGCACUCCCUUGAUGAUAACCGAGACUAAAUAUUUUUUUUAAACGGGAUUGUUUGGCGCACUUACCUUUUGACCAUGUGUUCGUGCCUCUUAUAUAUUAAGGUAUUAGCGGUAAUUACUUUUCGUUUGAUUGUAGUGUUAGUUUACUUAUUUUUGAGGAUUUUUUAAGGGAGAUCCGUAAAAUGGACGCGAAUUGGGCGAUGGACGCGAACAGGCGAACUGACCCUAUAAAGUGUCUGAUUAUAUUACAAAUCAAAAUGCUUGGGUUUGAACUGUUGCAACGGGUAUUUCUAUAUGACAUUUAUUCCGAAUCAUGUGUUGACGAUACUAUUAAAUUUUAAGGCUGUAUUUAAAGUUGAUUACUUAAGGAAGAAUAUCAGACUAUUUAAAAACAUUUGAAUGACAAAACGGCGUGGUCAUGAUUUCUACAUUUAUUUUGCUUGUGUAAUUGUUUGCAGUGUCAUACAGAUAAAUUUCUUUAAUUUUAAGUAAAUAUGUUGUGGAUAAUAUAGGUGGUUAUGGGUAGUCAUGCUCUCUUAAAAGUCUCUUGGGUGGUGUCGUGUGAGGCGGGUCGUUACGUUCCCUAAAAUUUGGUUGAACGAAGCGAUGGCUGGUUCAUGCGUCAUGCUGCGUCAUGCACGGGUGCUGCCAGUGGAGAUGGGUCUGUCUUAACUACUUUGAUAUGUAAGAUGUAAAUGUCUAGCUUCACCUAAUAUAAAUAACACUAUUGUAUUUAUACUAUGUGACACAGCAAUCAAAAUACUGUGAACAAUUAAUAUAGAAUUUUACAUUGUUUAAUGAAAGGUGACUUGAAUCAUCUCUGAAGUCAUUUUUCAACUUGACGACUGUGUAAAUAAUAAAAUAGGGAGAAAAAACAGCCCUUGCUGAGUUUCUCGCCGGUUUUACUCAGUACAAGGUCUCCCGCCGUAGAUUUACGAACCGAUGGCGUAGCUUCUAGACAUUCAUGAGUGCUUGUAACAGCAUAAACUGAAUUAAUGAUUUUGAUUACGAUUAACAUUUUGGUUCGGUUUGAUUUCUGGGAUAUGGAUUUUCUAGUUGAGAAAUCGAUUCAGAAUCGAUCUGUGUUUGAAAUCAGAUUUUGGAUUCGUUUUGAUAUAUCGGAUGCAUGCCUAGUUUAUUUUGACAUUUGCGACUUUCAAAUGACAUAGGCUCAAUUAAUUUGGCAUUUGCAGUUUUGCACGUUUUCAAGUGCUUUUGAUUAAAUGAAUACGGCGCCGGUAUAAAAAUAGUAUGUAAAAGGGAAGUUUUUCCACGUAUAAUCAAAAUGAGAACCCGCAGUAAUUCUGGGGUUCGCCUGGAUUACUACCAAAGGAUAGUGCACAAACUAAUAUUAGAUCAUCAACAACCUGUUACUGGCCUUUUCCCUGCAAGCCCACACAAUGAUCAUGCAUGGAUCAGGGAUAAUUUGUAUUGUAUAUUGGCAGUGUGGGGCCUAUCUAUGGCCUUCAAAAAAAUUGCAGAUCAGGACGAGGAUAGAGCUAAAACAUAUGAGCUGGAACAAAGUUGUGUAAAACUAAUGAGAGGUCUUCUAAUGGCCAUGAUGCAACAGAAAGAUAAAGUUGAGAAAUUUAAGACAUCUCAAAAUCCUUUGGAUUCACUCCAUGCUAAAUAUUCAUCAUCCACAGGGCGCACAGUAGUCAAAGAUAAUGAAUGGGGACACUUACAAAUAGAUGCAAUUUCUCUAUAUUUACUUGUCCUAGCACAGAUGACUGCAUCUGGUUUACAAAUAGUAUUUUCUUUAGAUGAGGUAGCAUUCAUCCAAAACUUAGUAUUUUAUAUAGAGUCUGCUUAUUGCACCCCUGAUUAUGGGAUUUGGGAAAGAGGAGAUAAAACCAACCAUGGUCUUCCUGAACUCAAUGCCAGCUCCAUUGGUAUGGCAAAGGCAGCUUUAGAAGCUAUGAAUGAGUUGGAUCUGUUUGGAGCACGAGGAGGACCAUCAAGUGUGAUUCAUGUAUUAGCAGAUGAAGCUCAAAAAUGUCAAGCUGUGUUACAAUCUAUGUUGCCAAGAGAAUCUAAUAGCAAAGAACUUGAUUCAGGACUAUUAUCUAUUAUUAGUUAUCCUGCCUUUGCUGUUGAUGACCCCCAGCUUAUAGCCAAAACAAGAGAUACUAUUGUUUCAAAACUACAAGGCAAAUAUGGUUGUAAGAGAUUCUUGAGAGAUGGACAUAAAACACCUAGAGAAGAUCCAAACAGACUGUAUUAUGAGCCAUGGGAAUUAAGGAUGUUCGAAAACAUUGAAUGUGAAUGGCCUUUAUUCUUUUGUUAUCUUAUUCUUGAUUACUUCUUUCAAGGAGACAAAAGUAAUGUUAGUGAUUAUAUGCAGAAGUUAGAGAAAAUUAUGAUCAGGGGAGAUGAUACUAUUAAGCUAGUUCCUGAACUGUACUCUGUACAUUCUGACAAAGCAAGUCAAGAACAAAAUGAACCAGGAAGCCAAGAAAGAAUACCUCUUGGUAGGUGCCCCUUUCUAUGGGCACAAUCUUUAUAUAUAUUAGGAAAGCUACUUCAAGAGGGAUUUUUGGCUGUUGGUGAAUUAGACCCCCUGAACAGAAGAUUGUGUUCAGAAAAGAAACCUGAUGUUGUUGUUCAAAUCGUCAUACUAGCUGAAGAUAAUGAAAUCAGAGAUAAACUUCUUGAAUAUGAUCUACAUGUUCAGACUAUCAGUGACGUGGCCCCCAUAGAGGUUCAACCUGCCCGAGUAUUAAGUCAUCUUUACACAUAUUUAGGUAGAAACAAAAAGCUGGGUCUCUCUGGACGAAAAUCACGUGAUGUUGGUAUAUUGAGCACAAGCAAGUUGUACUCCCUGAAUGACCGCAUAUUUGCAUUCACACCACAGUUUUCUGAUAGAAAGCGUUUCUACAUAGCUUCUGACUAUGAACUGAUGGUUGAUACACUCAAAGCUGAAAUUAAUUUCUUGAAGUCUUCUUGGCAAAAUCUUCUUGGGAGACCACUUAUUGUAUUGACUUUAAACCAAACAUAUAUAGACCAGGGUAAGAUCCCAAUGGCUAUGAUAACUACUAUGAAAAAAUUGAAAUCUGGUUACAUAAAUGGCACUAGAGUGACUCUGGGAAAUCUUGGUGAUUUCCUCAGUACAUCUGCCAUCACCAACCUGAGUUUUCUCGGGAGCCAGGAGGAUGGUUAUCCUGAUAAGCUAAAUCCGCAAGUGCAAGCCUAUUUAGAGGAGCAUCUGCUGAAGUCGUUCAGCAACAAGCUGAGCUUCAUCGCUCGACCUGCGGGCGCCCGGAACGUCCGAACUCUACGCCGGCGAAUGUCCGUACGCGGCGCUAUCAAGAAAACGCGCUCCAUUAAUGUUGACUCCGAAACACUGGGCAUGGAAGGGGAAUACGUAGGCCCACCCCUAGAACGGAAGCCAUCAUGGCUUGAUGUAGACCCGCCUUUUGAUCGCAGCCCCAGCCCCUCACUGGAUGAACUGAAAAAGAAGGCGUUCUAUAAGGAAAUGACGAGCAGUCUAGGCGGCAAUACACCAACAAUUGAAGUAACCAAGGAGAAAACACCUUCCCCACCAAAAGAAGAAGCGGUGGUAAACAAAGUUACACGCCCACGCACUACGUCGGAAUCACAAACGAUGUAUGCAGAACAGGAGACCGACGAGUUGAUCGCCAUGUUACGUGAAACGGAGAAUCUCGACGAACAAGGCGACAUAUUGCAGUACUUGGUGGACACGCACGGAUUAGAAUUCACUACUGGUAUGCUAGAGAGCGGCAAGAACGUAACCGUCAAAGACCUACUCAAGGUUUUAUACGAUAAAGCUUGCACACAAAAGCUGUGGGGUUUGGUCCGACACACGGCGGGCAUGUUAGGCAAGCGCGUAGAAGACUUGGCCAAAGCGAUCACGGAUCUACUCGUCAGACAGAAGCAAAUCACAGUGGGAAUGCCGCCGAAAAACGAACAUACUAUCACUGCGCCGCUACCGGAGAACGAACUCAGACAGCUGAUACAUUUGGCUUACGGCGACGACGAAAGUACGGCCAUGCUGACGCAAGAACUGCUGGUUUAUCUAGCGAUGUUUAUACGCACCGAGCCGCAGCUGUUCAUGGAAAUGUUGCGACUACGUGUAGGACUUAUUAUACAGGUUAUGGCGACAGAGUUGUCGCGCACUCUAUCUUGUAAUGGCGAAGAAGCAUCGGAACAUUUGCUUAACUUAUCUCCUUUCGAAAUGAAGAAUCUGCUAUACCACAUCCUUAGCGGCAAAGAAUUCGCCAUCAACAGUGUAGGACGGGGGAACUUUUCUAUAGUCAGCAACGUCUCCAAACGCUACGGGAAGAAAUCUCAGAUUGUGUUGGAAGGGCAACCUCACCAAGGCAGCAUUGAUGACCCACCUAUAGCGGAACCGGAUCGCCAAGGGCAAUGGUUGCGCAGGCGCAGACUGGACGGUGCGUUGAACCGGGUACCGAGGGACUUCUACCCACGCGUAUGGGGAGUUUUAGAAAAGUGUCAAGGGUUAGUGAUCCAAGGGAAGAUCCUCCAACCGAAUCUCACCCAAGAGAUGACGUCCGGAGAGUUAAAAUUCGCACUCGCCGUGGAGACAGUUCUCAACUCUAUACCACAACCGGAGUACAGGCAGUUGGUGGUCGAAGCCCUGAUGGUGUUGACUUUAGUAGUUGAAUAUAAAGCUGUGGAGAAUCUGGGUGCCAUGAUCGGCGUGGAGAAUCUUGUGCACAAAGCCAAUCAAAUAUUUCUGGAGGAUCAGAUGCGUUGCAACGGGGACGCCACAUUAUGUUGCGCCAAAUCUGGAGGGGGGAUGGUAGGGGGUGGGGGCACGUUAGUAUGCGGGGGGGCGGCCGGGGUCUGCCAACAUCUGUACGACAGCGCCCCUAGCGGCAGUUAUGGUACAAUGACGUAUUUGGCGCGAGCUGUUGCAGCUUUACUGGCUGACCGUAUGCCUACCCACGAGCCCAUACAAUGUGCUCUUUCUUAAACCCUGCAAUAACCGAUAGCAGCUAAAUCGUGGCCUAUAACAAUACGCCCGCAUUUCAACCACGGAAAACCCCCCAUCUUCAAACCCCGUCAUAACCACAGUAGCUUCGAUACCAUGACAUUGACAUAACAUUUUAUAGCGCGAAAUCUGUCGGGGGUUGGUCGGUGGUGGGGGACGUUAGUAUGGUUAGUACAGCCCAUACAAUGUGCUCUUUCGUAAACCUUGCAAUAACCGAUAGCAGCUAGCUCGCACUUCAACCUCGGAAUAACCCCCCCCCCCCCCCCCCCCCCCCAUCUGAAACCCCGUCAUAAACAAAGUAGACAGUAGCUCAGCUACCGUAACAUUUUAUAUCGCUAAAUGUGGAGGGGGAAUGGUAGGGGGUAGGGCCAAGUUGGUAUGGGGGGGGGGACAUCUAAAUCGUGACUUAACAAUACGCCGGCACUUAAACCCCGUUAUAACCACAGUAACUUCGAUACCAUGACAUUGACGUAACAUUUUAUAGUGCUAAAUCUGUCGGGGGGAUGGUUGGUGGCUGAGGCAUGUUAGUAUGGGGGGGGGGGGGGGGGGGGGGGGGGUUGCCAACAUCUGAACGACAGCGCCCCUAGCGGCAGUUAUGGUACAUUGACGUAUUCUUACGUCAAUACUUCGUACUUAAAUCAUGACGUAUGAAAAUGCGCCUUCACUGCAAACUCGGAAUUACAGACAGCAGCUACGACUUGAAGACUUAUGCCCCUCAGAACAAGAACUAAACCAUAGAAGUUAUGCUUAAGACGUUUGUACGCGCAAUAGAUUAACGAAAACAUUUCUAAACAAAGUAUGACAGGAACAAAAAGUAUUAGGCGGCGUUGUGGCAGGUUGUAUGUGACAUUAGAUCGCUUUUUGAUUCGGUAUCGUAAAGGUAACCAAGGUAUCCAUUUUGACGUAACUAGCCAUACAAAGGUAUCCAAUUUGAAGUUUGUAUAGCGGUACGCACGCUGUUCAUAUUAAAGCAAAAAAGGGACAAAUAUAUGAUGGGUCAUAUUAUAAAAAUAAAAUAACUAUAUAAGUCUACUUUACGAGUUAAACACUUUAUAUGCUUUAGUUCUUGUUCUGGGUAUGACCCCAUACAAUACGUCCAUUGUUACCUCCAGUGCCGUCUUUGACCUAUUGGAGGCCCUGGGCAUAUUAGCAUAACGGGGCCCCUAUGACUUCCGUUUGGUGAUUAAACAGGAACUAGGGACUUUGCAUUUGAUCUGAGAGGGCCCUCUAUCAAUCGCGGGGCCCUGGGCACCUGCCCAAAGUGCCCACUGGGAAAGACGGGUCUGGUUACCUCGCAAUUUAACCACAGUAGUUAACAGUCAUGGUACCAUGACUUAUGGCGUCGUACAGUGCGCCUUGACCAAACUUCACAAUAACCGCCUGCAACUACGGUAACAUGACGUAUGCGGUAUGACCCCAUACGCACACAAGCGCUGCAUUUCAUUGUUAUUUUAUUUCUGAUGCUUCGAAAAGAUAGACUAAAAGCUUUUCCCUGAGUGUAGACGCUUUUUUGAUUUCUUAUUAUCGGUCAAUGUUCCGAUUUGGACGGUGAGCUUUGGACGUAAAGUUGUAAACGUCAACACAGGGCUUAGAAAAAGCGCUCAUACGAAUACCUUUCGAUUUAUAUACUUAGGCUUAGGCGAAAAUAACUCUGUUACAUUUCUAAACUGCUGAACCGAUUUUGAUGAAUCUUGGUAUGAAGAUAAAGAGACCUUAGAGAUGGUCUUUUGCCACUUUCAACUUCAUUGGGUGCAAUUAGGUAUGUAAGGCUCUGAAUUCACGGAACGCGUUGUAUUCGCGCCUCUUCUUGUUAAUGGUCAUUUCACACCAGCGCAGAGUCGAAGCGAAUUUCAGAAAUGUAACAUGGCAAAUUCAACAUUAUCUCCACAACGUGAUGUAUAAAUAAGUCGCUUUCAUGCCAUUCCGCGGCGAAAUUGAGCCAUGAAAGCGACUUAUUGCAACGAUGCAUAGCAUAACGAACUUUAGGUCAAUUGUAUAACAUACAAACGAUGAUGAACUUUAUUGUAUGACACAUAAAUUAAAUAAGAGCCAUAAAAGUCGCGCGUCUUCCGUGGAAUCCUUGCGCAUUCUCGAGAAUUCCCCUAACUAAGCUCCAAUUUAGUUUUAUGCUAAGCAAAAUUUAUAUUUUCAUGCACAAUUUCAUUGCAAAAUUCGCUUCCGUUUCCAUUCCGUGGAAUCCUAGCGCGAGUCUCGAGAAUUCCCUUUAGCUCUAAUUUAGUUUUAUGGUAAACAAUUUAUAUUUUCAUGCACAAUUUCAUUGCAAAAUUCACUUCCGUUUCCAUUCCGCGGUGGUAUAAUUUGAGCCUAAGUUAACGAGCGUUUCCUUUGCCGCGGCGGCGGCUGCGGAACCGCAUAAAACUGCGGUCUCGUAAGUUUUGGAAUAAAACAGCUAAGCGGCAACCAGCGGCUGGUGCGGCUAAAAGCCGUUCCUUGAGUUCUUAGUCUAGGUACUAGGUAUGUACGGAAAAUCGAUUCGCCUAUUCUACGAAAUAGUGGUUGCUUUGUGUAGAGAGCAUGGAUAUGCCAUAUAACGUUUAUGCUGUAGAUUGUAGAUUUAGUAUUAUAAUGAUUGCAAUUCAUUUAACAAUUGAUUUAUUGGAGGCAGACUUUAGAUGGACGACUAUUUUUAUAUAAUUAUUAUCUAUUUCAUGUAAUACAAACAUAGUAUCAAAUGCUAUAUGAAUUUUUUACUUUUGGAAUAAAUAGUAACAAAAUAUUGUUAUUACUACAGUAAUAGGUACCACAUCCAUUUUUGCAAUAUGAUCAGUGCCUGUGUUAUGUAAAUCUGUGACAGAAUUGUAUCAAACAAAGCAAGUUAUGUCAGUAGUAUUGAAAGUUAAAAUAUUAAUGUUUAAUUUGCAUAAUGUAAUAUUAAAUGUAUUUAGUUGAUUUGAUUGUGAAGAUUUUAUAUACUUACAGGCUUAAAUAAAUCUAUUAUGUUUUAAAUAGUCUUUUAUUUUAUAUACAUGACUUUUUUAUUAUAUAUACUGUAUUUGAUCAGUUCUACUACUACCAUGGAUUUCUUUCAUAUUAGUGCUCUUCCAGCAUGUUUUGUUCCAAGUUUGUUUACUAUCAAAAAUAUUAAUACAAUAAUGCAACUGAACAUUUUUUAUUCUUUUUAUCUACACUAAUAAUGUAACAGAAAUAGGAUCAAAUCAAAAACAACAAACCUAUUUGACAAUGAACAUCUAUCUACUUGAAAUCAUUACAUUUUAGCUUUUUAGCUAAAUUAAGCAAUUGUCAAAAUAUAUAAAUUAUUGUGUUUUCACAAUAAUUUAUAUAUUUUAACAAUUGUCAUGCAAUUUUCACAUUAAGCUUCAUCCUUUUUUCCAAAUGGGUUCAUUUUGGAUAACCAUGAUGUUGCACUCCUGAAAAAAUAUUUUAUAUCGUAAAAUUUACAAACAGAUUUAUUUCCUAUACUAUGUUAUAGAAUAUAAUUAAAAAUAGAUUCCAUUAUUUAAUUUUAUCAACCACUUACGACAUUUCCUCAGCAGAACUUGAGCCUUCCUCUAAUCCUGCCUCCUUUAAUUUUUCUACAAGGUUUUUUCUAUAUACAUUCUUAAGAGGUAUUGGUUUAUUAGCUUCCUUUUGUUUAGCAACCUUUGUCAGAGCCUCAUACCAUGAAAGACCAUACCAUUCAAUUUCUUCUGGUGUAUACUACAAAAAUUAAAUUCUGUAUUUUAUACUAAUUAUGUACUAAGUACUCUUAUACAACUAAGGAAAGAAAUACACUGUUGUUAUUUGUAUUUGGCUAGUAUUUAACUGCAAAUCAAAAAAUUUACAUUUUGUAUAAAAAUUUAUUCCCAAUCCUAAGCAAAAAUACUUAUUGCACAGCAAAAUAGUCACCUCAAAAUAUUGUUAUAUUAGUAACAAUUUAAAUCAGUGUUGCAUCACUAUUUAAAACAAGCUUUUUUAACAAUGCAUAGUUAAUAAUAACCACCUCACAACAAAUCUAUUACAUCAUUUUUUUUAAACAAAGCUGCCAUAAUUUUAUCUCAUACAGCAGCUCACCUAAGUGAAACACCAUUUUAAUUGACAUAAGAAUCUAGUUAUUGAAGUGAAACUUCUUUAGGCAAGCUUGACUUGGGGGGUAUACUGGCGAAUGUGUUACGAUUAGUGUCAUAGGUGACUCAUCAGUAAACAAUGAACAAUACCCGUCACAAAAUACAUGAAUCUAGUGCUUAGUGGGUGAUAACGGACCCAGCGCGGAUUGGUGGGUGAUAACGGACAAAGCACGGAUUGGUGGGUGAUAACGGACCCAGCGCGGAUUGGUGGGUAAUAACGGACUCAGCGCGGAAUAAUGGGUGAUAAUGGACCCAGUGCGGAUUGGUGGGUGAUAACGGACUCGGCGCGAAUUGGUGGGUGACAAUGGACCCAGUGCGGAUUGGUGGGUGAUAACAGACCCAGCGCGGAUUGGUGGUUCAUAACGGACCCAGGCGGAUUGGUGGAUGAUAACGGACCCAGUGCGGAUUGAUGGGUGAUAACGGACCCAACGCGGAUUGGUGGGUGAUACUGCACCUAGUGCGGAUUGGCGGAUGAUAACGGACCCAGCGCGGAUUAGUGGUAUUUUUUCUAUCAACAAAUCUUCAGGUUAAGUUUAUGAUUUCAGGUUAAGUUGUGUGAUCAUAAGCAUACUCGCUUUUUUUUAAAACCAUCAAAAGUGUCCCAAUGUUGAGCAAGUUUUGAAAUGCUUAAUGGGAAACCUGUUGCAAAAAUUGUUGUAGAUUUUUUGUUAUGUGUGUAAGUAUUUUAUGUCGUAGCCCUGUUAAUUUUCUGUGAAAUUGGUAUAUUUGCUGUGCAAUCAGUAUAUUUGAUAUGAAAAUCAUAUUUCUGUUCUAUUAAACAAGUUUUUUGUUACAACAGAUUAGAUGUAAAUUUUUGAAUUAUUUUCAGCAUUACUUUUGUUCAACAAAUGUUUUGUUUGCAGUAAAAUACUUAUUUUGAUGUAAAAAGUAUUUAAUUGUUGUAAAUAACUUGAUGGGUAAUAAGUUAUCUGCUGUGCAUUUAAAAAUACCCAUUUGUAUUUGUUAUUUUGUAAACUUGACAUAAGUUUGUCCUUUUCAUAGGUCAUAAAGCAUGAUAAGCACAGACUUUUGUCAAGUUUACAAAUAGAAAAUAUGAAUAGCAAAGUGAAGUGCCAGCAUAAAAUAGACAUAUUGGAAAUGAAAGACAUAGAAUUGAAACAAAAUCCAAAAUUGCUUUGAUGACUUACUGAUGUUAAAUAAGUUCUAUACUCCUCAUAAAUUUCCUUUUGUUUAUCGGGGUUAUUAGCAUAUCUAGGGCAUCCAUUCAUCAAUUCAGUCAGUAUCUGCUUUUUUAAUUUCAAUGCCAACAUUGAGACAAGGUCACAAGCUGGUGUCUUCAACAAAUAGUGAUCAAACCCAUAGUGAUCAUUAAUAAGUUGAAUAGUUCUAUCUGUGACUGUUACUGAGAGGUGAGUGUUGAGAACCUCUGAACGUACAACUGUUCUCUUCAAGACUGGUACCCAGUAAUGAGGCACUCUGCGUGUGUUCCUGUCACGUUUUUGGAAACCUGUGAAAAUGAUGACAAACUGAUUUUGCUUUAACUUUAUGAAGAACUACAUCAAAUGUUUUUAACUGUCUUAAAAAAGGAUGUUAUCAAUUUGACAAAAAAGGAUGAUCUCAAGUAGCAGUUGGGUAUAAGUGUAUGUACUAUUGAAAAAAUUUAUUCCUGACACACUUGCCUAAUAAUUUGCUUAAAAAUGUCAGAACAGACAAGUUUUCUUUAAUGCAUUUUUGCAUUAGUACCUCCUCACUACCAGGAAACUGUAUUAAUGUGGAUCAAAGGCUUCUGAAAAUUGAACUUUGUUUUAAAUGCUGGUUCAUUGUUUGAACUUGGAAAUCACUUUAAUAAACAUAAAUAUAUAAAAGACUCUUUGUCAUCCAGGCUGCCAUACUAUUGGGCACCAUUCCUGAUGGCGGCGCUGGGGGUGAUAUAUUUUUUAUGUUGUAAAUUAUUUAUUUAUGUAGGUUAAGCUAUAUAUUUUUUAAAGAAACUUUCAAUUUCUUGAUUUUAUUAAAAAAAUUGGUAACAUAAUAAGGAAAUCCUAUGUCCAUGGGGAAAACUACAAAUGGUGUAAUGUCAACAUUAUUGCACAGGAAGGCAGCAAAAUCUGUUACAUAUCUUAUUAUCAAAUAAGAUUGUUCUGAAAACAACAAGUUUGUUGCCAGUGAUAAUUAUAAGACUAAGUAUGAUUAAGCAAAAAUCAACCUUAAUGUUUAGCAAUGGUGGUAAGAAAAUAUUUUUAACCCACUUAUUACGGGAAAAAUUAGGAUCCGAUAUUAAUAUGAUUUUUUGAUAUGACGUUUGACUUGCUUAAAAUUUUAACAGAAAAAUAUGAAAAAUAAAAUAUCGAUGUCGGAAAAGCGGGAAAUGGGUGUUCCUUUUAAGGCCCACUAGUAAUUUACGCUACUAUCAGGUCAUAUUUGUGUGCAUUCUUGAAAAUACAUUUAUUUGCAAUUAAAUAUAUAAAUAAACAAUGAAACAGAAUUAUAUUGCAGUAAUAUUAUUUAUUAUUAUUUAUUACUCGAAGGGAAAAAGAACUAUCAGUUUGAAUUAUAUGAGGUAUGAAAUUUGUUCAACAUAAUUUAGUAUGCAAGCUUACUUCACAUUUGACACAAGUAAACUUAGCUUUUUUGUGACACACAGCACACCUGAGUCGUUCUUACUUGUAGCUGAUGAUAUGAUAUGAUAUGAUAUGGCCUCUGUUAUUAUAUCGCAACUCCUCAUGAUAGCUCUACGAAACUCUACAACCUUUUUCGAGUACCUUCUCUCUCUCGAAUCAAUUUUUCGAAGGAUCUCGGCAUAUUGCAAGAUUACACUAGCUCCUAGGCCCAUCUUCUUGAAUUCAAGAUGAAUUUCAGUAUACUGCUCUUGGUAUGACUCCAACCACAAUAUGUAGCCAAGGCAAAUACUUCCAGCCCAAAACUUAUAGCCCCACCUGUAAAUUGUUUAUAAGCCAUCGCCAUCAAAUAAACAAUCAAGAAAAUAGACAGGGUGUUUUUGUAUUGGUGCACCUUGCUUUUCAAUCCAGGGAUCAUGUGUGGGGCGAAUGUCUCGUUUGGUCCAAUUAUAACUUUUGUUCUUAGAAACAAGUGGCGUUGAAGAAGUUUGGGGAAAGAACGUUUCUACUGUCUGUGAUUCAGUCUGUGGAUAGCAGACGUACUAGGACACUCGUCAUCUUUGUCCGUUAUAACCCGUCUACGUUUAGCUAACUGAGCGAUAGGUACGUGAUCUUCAUCUUCAUUUGCUCACUACGAUGUAUUUCAGCUUCACGUCGAAGCUGGGAUCCAGGCAAAUUUGAUAACGACACUUGAUUUUCGGCACAAGAAUCCUCAUCUGUACCAGCCUUGAAAUUUUUAGGUGGCAAAAUUGAUAUGUAAUCCGGGAUUGAGUCAUUCAUAUUACAUUCUAACUCUUCCGAUAUUUCAUUUAGCUUCAAGUUCUUUUUUCGGACUAAAAAUAGAACACAGUCAGAACUAUUAGUAUAUAUCAGUCACAGUAGGGCAUUUUACUAUUGGUCCUUAUAAGGAACACUUGUAAAAACUAUCAAAUUAUAUAAAUAAUCGUGUAUAUUUGUUACUCAAAAUACGAAAUAUAAAUAGAGAAGGGUCAUAUUUCCUAUAUUAAAAUUUAUAAAAUAUAAAUAACCUAUAAAAUUGAACUGAUACGUACCUGUGCUCACUCAUGAUGAAAAUACCAAAAUAGUCACAGUUCAAUAUAAUAACACAGAAUCACACGAAAUAAUAAAUGAAGUUUAUAACUGCUAACUACAAUCAUUCAAAACACACUAGAAACAUCAAAGUGAGAAAAAAACUACCCACAUGAUGCAUAUUAUUUUUUCUUUACUGUGGUCCGUUAAAGGAAAGCUAGUAACAAGUGGGUUAGGUGGGUCUGGGAUCAAAUUGGCCGAUUCAAUAUAUCUCAGAAACUACUUAAAAUAAUUAUUAGCAUAUAUUACCAGAAACAGCUAAUAUUUAUGUGAUUUUUGUAAAAAAAGUAGAAGCUUAAAGCUAUCCUGUCAUUUGUACAGAGUGGGCUUUAUUGGUAAAAUUUUCUCAAAAUGACCUAAAAUAUUUCUUUCAAGUUAUUGAUUGGAAAUUAGUAAAUAUUUUUUCAACAAAAAAUAAAAUUUAACCAAUCUUUUCAUUGACAGGAUCAUCUAACAUAACCUCCAUGUAAGAAAAAUGGCCAAAAGAUUUUGGAAAGUACCUUUGAUGACUGCUUCCCCGCCCCAUAUGCCUUCAUGAAGUUCCGCUGGAUGUUUCAAUGGUAUUGGGACGUUCUGUAUAGGCAUUGUUUCUCCAGUUAGCUCGUCGCGUUUCCAUUUGCCCUCUUGAGGUACAAAGUGAACGGCAGCAGGUUUGAGAACUUUCCAUUCUCGCCAAAACUUCUUAUAAGCAGCAGGUAACUCAGAAGCUAUGCCAAUAUCAAAUCUACUUUUUUUCUUGUAAGUUUUCGAUAAUUGACGUAAAGUAGCCUGAAAGAAUUGCGACGCUUUUCAAUGACGUGACGCGACUCAUAUUUACAGGAUCCAAGAAAAAUAAAUAGAUUACCUGAAUACGAGAUGAUGCCAUUUAAUUAAUUUUUAGAUAAUGGGGAUUCAUAAAUUAAAGACGUUUUUCUAAUUUACUGUUUCCUAUAACAGUAAAAAAAUAAUUUAUUGGUAAAUUAUCUGAUGUAACUGGAUUGUAAUGUCACUUGGCAAUUUU